GAGAUGGAGAUCGGCAUGGUGGUCGGUGGGCCCGAGGCGACGGCGGCGGCCACCGGGGGCUACGGGCCGGUGAGCGGCGCGGUGAGCGGGGCCAAGCCGGGUAAGAAGACUCGGGGCCGCGUGAAGAUCAAGAUGGAGUUCAUCGACAACAAGCUGCGGCGCUAUACGACCUUCAGCAAGAGGAAGACGGGCAUCAUGAAGAAGGCCUAUGAGCUGUCCACGCUGACAGGGACACAGGUGCUGUUGCUGGUGGCCAGUGAGACAGGCCAUGUGUAUACCUUUGCCACUCGAAAACUGCAGCCCAUGAUCACCAGUGAGACUGGCAAGGCACUGAUUCAGACCUGCCUCAACUCACCAGACUCUCCACCCCGCUCAGACCCCACCACAGACCAGAGAAUGAGUGCCACUGGCUUUGAAGAGACAGACCUCACCUACCAGGUGUCUGAGUCCGACAGCAGUGGGGAGACCAAGGACUCAUUGAAACCGGUGUUCACAGUCACCAACCUGCCGGGUACCACCUCCACCAUCCAAACAGCACCCAGCACCUCUACCACCAUGCAAGUCAGCAGCGGCCCCUCCUUCCCUAUCACCAACUACCUGGCACCAGUGUCUGCUAGUGUCAGCCCCAGUGCUGUCAGCAGUGCCAAUGGGACUGUGCUGAAGAGUACAGGCAGUGGCCCUGUCUCCUCUGGGGGCCUCAUGCAGCUGCCUACCAGCUUCACCCUCAUGCCUGGUGGGGCAGUGGCCCAGCAAGUUCCAGUGCAGGCCAUUCAGGUGCACCAGGCCCCACAGCAAGCGUCUCCCUCUCGCGACAGCAGCACAGACCUCACGCAGACCUCCUCCAGCGGGACAGUGACAUUGCCCGCCACCAUCAUGACGUCAUCUGUGCCCACAACUGUGGGUGGCCACAUGAUGUACCCUAGCCCCCAUGCGGUGAUGUAUGCACCCACCUCGGGCCUGGCUGAUGGCGGCCUCACCGUGCUCAAUGCCUUCUCCCAGGCGCCAUCCACCAUGCAGGUGUCCCAUAGCCAGGUCCAGGAGCAAGGUGGUGUCCCCCAGGUGUUCCUGACAGCGCCAUCUGGGACAGUGCAGAUCCCUGUUUCUGCAGUUCAGCUUCACCAGAUGGCUGUGAUAGGGCAGCAGGCCGGGAGCAGCAGCAACCUCACCGAGUUACAGGUGGUGAACCUGGACGCCGCCCACAGCACCAAGAGUGACUGAUCCGCCCUGCCGCCCUGGACAGAUGGCCCAAGGGACGGCACCACUUAUUUAUUGUUGCCUUUUCACGUUUUCUUUACACACAUGUUGACGGGCCGCAGGAGGGAGGCGGGGAGGAGCAGUGGGCAGCCACAGGACUGAGCCCUCUCACUCCAGCCAAAGAAAUGGGCCAGCCUACCCUCCACCCUAUCCUCCCUCACUCUCCCCUCCUUCUGGUUCCACCUCUUAUUUCUGUUGAUGGUGGGGCUGCCCUCCCUCAGACUUCCCUUGCCAGCUUGGCUCCAUGUUUGCCAUGAGUAUUAGCUUUCCCAAUGGGACCGUGCCCCACCUUCCCACAACAGAUCUCUGUGGGACGAGGCACCAUGUCCCCCCACCCCCAACCCCACCCAGAGGAAGCAGUUGGGGUCCUCUGCCCAGCCUCCAUGCUGACCCCACGUCAGCACUGUGUCUGCCACAGGCUGGGUCAAUAGAGCCCUCCCUCUGCCCCUCAGGGAGCCAGCUGGGGUGAUGGGGCUUCUUCCCUCAUGCUGCCCGCCUACAGCCCCUACAGCUCGGAGUAGCUGGGCCUGUGCAGGGAGCAGGUUCCUGGGACCGCCUGCCCUGCCUUGCCGCUCCUUUGGGAACUCCAGGGGCUCCUGGGUUGGAGGGAACCAUCAUUGUUCCCUCUCCCCAUCUCCCCCCACCCCCCUUCUCCCAGCUGCUUUACUUAAAGUUGAUUUUGAACUUUUUAUUUGAGGAGACGAAGUGAAAACAAAUCUAUAAAUAUAUAUUUUUAAAAUAUUUAACUUUUUUUUAUGGCGUUUUUCUCAUCCCCCUCCCUGCCCAAGCUCCCCUUCCCUGGGGAGCCCUGGGGCUCCCCAGAACUGGCUGGGCCUCUGGGGACAGAGCCACCCCCUGAGCUUGGGGCCCACCAGUGUGUGGGGGAGAUUCUGGGAUUGCCGGGUCCUGGGUUGUUUCCAGGAGAAAACCGGGGGAGGGGCCCUCAGGCCAUGCCACAAUGGGAUGGGGAGGGUGACCCACAGCUCUGGGCCUCUUUUUGCCCUUAGGGCUGUUGCUAGGGAGAGGGAAGAGGGAGACCAAAUGUGGGGGGUCAGGUAGAGGAAACUGACUUCAUUUGUGCCACACACAUGGGCAUUGCAGCCUUGUGCUCCCCAGGCCUGCAGUUGCCUGGGGCCCAAGUUGCAGUGAGCAGGGUGGGAUCUGGGAGGGGGUGAGAGGCAGGAAAGGGGGUCAGAAAAAAUGGGAGCAGCUCUUGGGCUGAGUGCAGUGAUAGGGGAGCCAGAAGUGGGCAGCUCUCCCAGGGAGUGAGCAGCUACUGUAACUUUUUAAAAUUAAGACAAAAAGCCUUGAAGAAAAUGACUUUAUUUUUCUAAGUGUAACCUCAGUAUUUAUGUAAUUUGUACAGGGGCCUUGCCCCACCCCCCUGUACCCCCUUUGGGGUAGACCUUCAGGGUGGGCCAGCACAGGGAGGGUCUUUUACCCUGUGUCAGAGCCCACCUUCACCACCAAUAUCCAGAAAGGAAGCUUUUUCAGAACAGGGCAGUAGUUAGGGUGGAGUUUUAUUAACCCUAUGACUGCCUUCAGUAGGAACAAGCUUGCUUCUGUGAUUAGGUGAAGGGGUGGGGGGAGAUUUUACGCACAGCCUAGUUAUCAAGGGGAUGAUUUGCCGACAUUUUUUGAGUACCCCCUAACCUCUAACCCCCAUUGCUGUCUUGCCCCAAUUUUGGGUGCCAAGAUGGAAGUCACCUUUCUGGGCUUUCUCCUGGAGAGAGCUGGGGCUUAUGGGUGGCUUACAAGGCUGGGGCAUGGCAAAUCAGGGGCCAGAGAGUGGGGGGGCUUGGGACUCAGGUCUGUAACUGCCCAGCCCUUUUCUCUGCUCUUGUUUCACUCCACCCUCACUCACUCACUCCCCAACUCCCCCACCCAGGGGAGGAGACCUUGAUGAAUUCCUCCUCUCCUUCCCACAAAAGACAGACCCAGUGAGUGAAUCAGGCAAAGUGCUUAUAAUGUGUGUUGUGUGAGCAUGGCCUUGGGAGAACAUGUGUGCAUCAGGGAUAAGGUGGCAUUUAUAUGUGCAGCAACCCUUGGUGUUUCCCUUCCUUGGUGGCUCUGGGGUGUGUACGUGUGUGUGUGCCCUUGAGUGAAUGUGUGUGUGUGUGAAUGUGGGGUGUGUAUGUCAGUGGUUUCUACUUCCCCUGGGAUGCUGACCCAGGAAUAGUGGACAUGGUCACAGUCCUAUGUACAGAGCUUUCUUUUGUAUUAAAAAAAAAAUACUCUUUCAAUAAAUGUAUCAUUUUUGUGCACAGA